AUGCUUUCAUGGAGCCCUUUAGCCAACUUAUUUUGUGACUUACAGUGCAAAGUAUAUUUUCUGCUUGUAGGUAUUUGUUCUGCCUUGAAGCUGACAGUACCAUCUCAUACAAUCCAUGGUAUUGAGGGGCAACCUCUCCAGCUUACUGUUGACUACAAUUUCAACACUACAGCUUGUGAAAUCCAAAUAAUUUGGCUGUUUGAGAGGCCUCAAAGUAAUCCAAAAUACUUGCUUGGCUCUGUAAACCAGACGGUAGUACCAGACUUGGAAUAUCAGCACAAGUUUACCCUCAUGCCACCUAAUGCGUCUUUGAUGAUCAAUCCGUUACGUAUCAGUGAUGAGGGCAACUAUAUUGUAAAAGUCAAUGUCCGUGGAAAUGUAACAAUAGCUGCCAGUGAAAAGAUUCAAGUAGCUGUUGAUGUUCCUGUCACGCAACCAAUUGUACAGACUGAGCCAUCUUCUGGGGUAGUGGAGUACGUGGGGAAUAUCACAUUAAAAUGUACCGUGGGAAAAGGCACAAGGGUAGUUUACCAGUGGAUGAAAAAUGGCAAGCUUCUCCGUGCUGGCCCUAACUAUAUCUUUUCAUCAAACAAUGCUACACUUCUAAUUGUUCCUGUUGUAAAAGAGGACAUUGGGAAUUACAGCUGUUUGGUAUCCAACCCUGUCAGUGCAAUGGAAAGUGAGCAAAUUGCACCAACCAUAUAUUAUGGACCUUAUGGACUCAGAGUUAAGUCAGACAAAGGUCUGAAUGUAGGGGCAGUGUUCACAGUUGACAUAGGGGAAGCUAUACUGUUUGACUGCUCAGCAGACUCAAAUCCACCAAAUACUUACUCAUGGAUUCAAAGGGAUGACAACACUACUCAGGUAAUCAAAUACGGACCCCACCUGGAAGUGGUAUCUGAUAAAGUGUCCCAGAAGACAAUAGAUUAUAUGUGCCGUGCUUUCAACAACGUGACUGGAAAACGAGAUGAAACUCACUUCACAGUGAUCAUUACUUCUGCAGGAUUGGAAAAGCUGGCCCACAAAGGAAAAUCUUUGUCAUCUCUUGCAGUAAUAACUGGAAUUUCAUUAUUUUUGAUCCUAAUUAUGGUCUUUCUGUUCAUAUGGAAAAGGUAUCAGCCACAUAAAGUGAUACGACAGAAGCUGCAGAGCAGGCCAGAGGCUGAUUACAGAAAGGCACAGACAUUUUCAGGACAUGAAAGUGCGUUGGAUGAUUUUGGGAUCUAUGAAUUUGUUGCUAUUCCUGAUCAUGCCAGUGGUUCUAGGGUUUCAAGUCACUCUGUUCCUGGCUCUGCCACUGUCCCAGGCCAGGAUAUGCUUAGUACAGUUUAUGAAGUUAUUCAGCAUAUUCCCGAGCAGCAGCAGCAGCAUGACCAUCAACAGUAA